AUGCAGCCGCAGCCCGAUGCUGCAGCCCCAGCCGCCGGGGCUGCCUGCUCCGCGGCCUCACCGAACGAGAAGGGACUUGAGCCACGGCGUGAGCGACCCUGUGCCGGCCGGGUGCCGGCCGGUGAGAAGCCGCCCACCCAGACCCGCUGCCUGCGGGGAGGCCGCGAGUGCUGCCCCGGGACCGGCUCCGCGCCCUGCCCGCGCUGCCCGCACCCCGCCGGGACUGUAAAUAAAGACGUUUUUUUGCUCCCUGGAGCCGCUGCUGCCGCUGCCGCUGCUGCUUCACCGGCGGUGUCCGGACAAGCGCGGCCCCGCUGCUGCCGCCCGCCCGGCUCCACCGGGGGCACCGAGCCGAGCGCCAGCCGGAGAACAGGCCCUGGCCCCGCCCCCUGGUUCAAUCCCAGCCAAUGGGCUGGGAGGCGUGGACGCAGGGGCGAUUGGCGGGUUACGGAGGGCGGAGCCGGCUGGGAUUGGCUGUGCGCGUGGAGGCGUUGGAGGCGCCGGCAGCACCGCUGCCGCUCCGUCCUCGACGUGGCCUGCGGCACCGGGGUGGACUCCAUCAUGCUGCUGGAGGAGGGCUUCCAGGUGACCAGCGUCGACGCCAGCGACAAGAUGCUCAAGUACGCGCUGAAGGAGCGCUGGGAGCGGCGCAAGGAGGAGCCCUUCGACCGAUGGGUCAUUGAGGAGGCCAACUGGCUGACACUGGAGAAGGACCUAGAGAAGCCCGGGGAUGGGUUUGAUGCAGUCAUCUGCCUGGGGAAUUCCUUUGCUCACCUGCCUGAUUUCAAAGGGGACCAGAGCGACCACAAGCUGGCCCUGCGGAACAUCGCCAGCAUGGUGCGGCCCGGGGGUGUCCUGGUCAUUGACCACCGCAACUACGACCACAUCCUGGCCACAGGCUGCGCGCCACCAGGCAAGAACAUCUACUACAAGAGCGACUUAACUAAGGACAUCACCACCUCGGUGCUGCUGGUGAACAACAAGGCUCACAUGGUGACCCUGGACUACACAGUGCAGGUCCCCCCCACUGAGGUGGGGGCAUCCCCAGAGCUGAGCAAGUUCCGGCUCUCGUACUACCCGCACCGGCUGGAGGCCUUCACAGCCCUGCUGAAAGGUGCCUUCCAGGGCAAGUGCCAGCACAGCGUCCUGGGCGACUUCCAGCCCUACACGCCGGGGCAGGCCCACGUCCCCUGCUACUUCAUCCAUGUCGUGAAGAAGACGGCCUGAGUGGGCCACCGAGAUGGGACCGUGGUGGGCUGAGAGCUGCCAGCAGCUCUGGGGACAAGCACGGGGCCGGGACACUGCCGAGAGCCACCGGGGAGCCCCCUCCCCUUCAUUAAGAACACUCGUGACAGCGACUGGA